AUGUUAAAGAUAGUCCUUAUCAUAGCCCUGGUGGGUUCUGUAUACACGCAGGAUGAUAAGGAUUUGGAUUCAGUGAUAGAGUCUAUAUUCGGCAAGCCAUCUUCCACGGAAGCUCCCUUCAUCAAUGUGAAGAAACCUUCAACAAUAGUACCUCCAGUCAACAAACAAGAUACAGAGAAUCAGCCGUGUCAGACUGAAGAUGGUAAGGAGGGUCGCUGUCUGAGACGCUUCCUGUGUAACUCAAACAACACAGCCAUAGAUGACGGAGUAGGCAUCAUAGAUAUAAGAGUUCAGGCAGAUCAAUGCAGUUCCUACUUGGACGUGUGUUGCAACGUGCCUGACGUGAGGCCACCAGACAAUCCCAUUACCCCAAAACCACCGAAAAUCAGGGAAGGUUGCGGAUGGAGGAAUCCCGAGGGUAUUGGCUUCAAGACGAUCGGGGAUGUUGACGGGGAGAGCAAGUUCGGAGAAUUCCCCUGGAUGGUCGUCAUAGUUAAAAUCGAAGCUGAUCCUGAAGGCCACAAGCUCAACAUGUACGUCGGAGGCGGCUCGCUGAUACAUCCCAGUGUUGUUUUGACAACAGCACACACAGUCGCAGCUGUGCCGUCACCUAGAGUUCGCGCUGGGGAGUGGGAUACACAGACGUCCAAGGAAAUAUACCCGUUCCAAGAUAGAGAUGUUGAUUCUAUAGUUAUACAUAAAGACUACAAUCAUGUCAAAAAGAACCUUUUCUACGACAUCGCUCUGCUAUUUCUCUCUUCGCCAAUGGAUACCAAUAUUCCCAACGUGGGCCUGGCCUGUCUUCCGCCUCCAAGGCUUGUCACUCCUGGUGGCGUAAGAUGCUUCGCCAGCGGCUGGGGUAAAGACAAAUUCGGCAAAGAAGGUCGCUACCAGGUCAUAUUGAAGAAGGUGCAAUUGCCGGUGGUUGAAAGACAGCAGUGUCAGAAACAGCUUCGGAACACACGCCUGGGACCGUUCUUCCAACUACACAGCUCAUUCAUGUGCGCUGGAGGCGAAGAGGGCGUUGACACCUGCAAAGGUGACGGUGGCUCGCCUUUAGUGUGCCCGAUCGAGAAUGAACAAGGACGCUACAUGCAAAGCGGCAUGGUCGCGUGGGGAAUAGGUUGUGGCGAAAACGGUACACCAGGAGUAUACGUAGACGUAGCCAACCUUAGAGAUUGGAUUGAUGACAAAAUUAUAGGAAAAGGAUUGGAUACGAAGGUAAAAGAUGACAUUUACGAUCAACCGGUUAACCUGAUGGCUCCAAAGAAAAAUCCACAUAUGAAGAAUGUCCAAGAACAGUCUACUACCGAAGAUCCCUGGUCUCCGUUGGACUUCUCCAAGUUGGAUGCCAUGAUAGCUCAACAACAACAAGAAGACAAUAACCGUAUCAAAAGACGAGCGAAGAACACCCGUCGUUUUAAUACAUUGAGUGGCCCAGCGUUGAGGGAGCGCCCUCAUCACUAUCUAUACCCGGAACCAGUGAAGGACAGAAUCCUGGAAUUCACAACCACAACCAAGAAACCUGGAAUCCUUCCGGAGACAAUGAACCCAGGUGUGAUAUUCCGCGUGCGAAUGUCAGACGCGAUUCUGCGGAUCAAGCAAAGAAUGUACGAAGAUCCCGAAAGGCAUAUAGAAGCUGAUAUAAUAUACACGAAUCUAAUAAAAAAAGUCGUGAUGGACGAAAUAACUAAGUUCCAUAAUCUGCUCUUGAUGUAUAAAACUGACAAAUCUAUUAAGGAGCAUCUUGGAGAAUGCGGUGGAAGAAUAUACAAGUUUAUAAGCUACAUGACAAUCAAAGUCCAUAUUUACUGUCUGUUCGACGCGCUAUGGAUAGAUGGUAACCCGUAUGUGAUUGGCGACGAAUAUUCCGUAACCCCAGUUGAAGCUCCACCAAUGCUGCAGUGUGACGCAGCUGAAUGUAAUUCGCAUCGCAAAACAAGACGUCGUAAUAGAAUCCGUACUACAUCUCCUGUGACGGAUUUUCAUGAGGGAAAUCUGACAACAACUGUGCCAAUAGCCAGAAGAGCGGAUCGCUCAGACACUCAGCAGAUCAAGAACAAGAGGAGACAUCGCAAAAAUAGAAAGGACACGCCUUCUUACGAUGCCUACGACCCACCGAUGAAGGAUUUUGAAUCUUCGUUUGUGGAGAUGCCCAAGGACCUGUACCAGGCACAUUUGAGACCUGGUGUCAUCUUUCGCAUACACAUGUCUGAAGCUAUAUUGAAGAUGCAGUACCGCAAUUACGGCGAAGACAAAGACGAGUCCGUAAUAGAAGCUGACGUGGAAUACUUGAGAUUAACACGGAAGGUCAUCAAUGAUGAGAUAACGAAGUUCGAAGACCUCAAAUGGUUGAUCGGCUGGUUCACGAAUCGUACGGAGCUGAUACAGGAACAUACUUGCAACACUAGAUAUUAUGCUGUGGGAAUCCCUCCAACGAUGUUCACUCACAGUGAGGAGUAUAUGAAGCGUAUGUGUUUAUUUGACAAUGUGUUCAUCGAUCACAUUCCCUACGUGGUUGGUGAAGAUGGAUCUUUGAUGGCAGCUGUGGCACCACCAGUUCUGCAUUGCGACGCAGCUACUUGCACAUCAGUGCCUUUCAUUGACAGUGUAAUGUUCGACGAACGUCUCAGUCGUAGCAACGUGCGUACAGUGACUCGUUGCCAAGCCAGUUGCCGCAUGCAUUGCCGCAACGACGCUGACUGUCUUACGAGAUGCUCCGCGAGAUGUCUCCGUGCAGAAUAA